AUGAUAUUUAUUAUACUAUUUGUAGGUUUUGUUUAAAGUAGUGUACCACCUGGAACAGGAGAAUGUAGUGUUUAUACUACAUAAAAUGAUUGCUUGAAUUCUGGUUAUUGUAAAUGGAGUGGAUCUUCUUGUGGACUUUACACUUCUGAUUAAGAUUGCUACAGAAUUGAUGAAAUAGGGGCUUGUCGUAUUAAUGGAAAAUAUUAGACUCUAUGUACACCUUUGGAUUUAGUGAGUAUUGAAUAUAAGAAUGUAUGUGGAGUAAGUGCUACUGUAGAUUAUAAUUAUGUUAGAUACCCAAUUAUUAAUAAUGGAUAUUCAACAUACUCAAUCUCUGGAUUGACUGUUGCUUAGUUAAAGGUUGCUAAACCAUAAAUGAAUUUUCUAUAUUAAAUUUUAACUUUGAAUAUUCAGGUAGCUCAAAAUUCAGAAUUAUAAGAAAUAUUGGAUUUAUAUUAAGAAUACGAACCUGCAUUUCUAAAUGCAACAGUGCAUCCCUUUUAUUUAGAAAAGUGUUUAUUUUAAACAUUACAAAAUUUAAGAGAUGAUACAACUACUUUAACUAAAGCAGAAAAAGAAAAUACAAUAACUAAGUUUUGGAAUAUAGUAUAAGUAUAUUAAAAGAAAAUGGCAAUUUAUAGUAAGCAUUAUCAAACAAACUACUACUUUUUGAAUUUUGCUUAAACUACAUUCUCAAGAUUAUUUAUUUCAAUUGAGGGAUAAGAUCACACUACUUCAUUGACUUGGAUCAAAUAUGAAAGAAAUGGUUUCAUAUAGGUAAUAUCUUAUACUCCAAAAUUCUUUGGUAUUAAUGAUGCUUUAACAGAUGUAAUUUAUGUGAAUGUAAUUGCUGAAGAUGGAACACCAUUUGUGAAAAUUGAGAAUAUGGAAAUAAUUUACACUCAAACAACAGGGACCCUGACUAAUAUAGCAAGGCAAUUAUAGUUUAUUAGUGAUAAAAAAUAAGUACCUCAUACAUUUUCUUCCUCAUUAACAUCAACACCAUGUGAUGAUAUAGAAAGAACAUGUAAAUUUACCCUUCCAUCACCUUUAACAGAUUCUUAAUUUAUUUUUUAUAUAUAGAAAUGA